GCUUGAAAAUAGUGUUUUUUUUGUACAAAAAGUCGUAAUUUAUUAGUUUUAACCAAACGCCUUGUUAUAUUCAAGUGUUUAAAACAAAGUUGGGAUAAUGGGUCGUAAAAAGAAGAAGGCCUCCAAACCCUGGUGCUGGUACUGUAAUCGCGAAUUCGAUGAUGAGAAAAUUCUUGUGCAGCAUCAAAAGGCGAAACACUUUAAGUGCCAUAUAUGCCACAAGAAACUGUAUACGGGGCCGGGUCUAUCCAUACAUUGCAUGCAAGUGCAUAAGGAAACGGUGGAUAAGGUGCCCAACUCGUUGCCAAACCGUUCCAACAUCGAAAUUGAAAUUUUUGGAAUGGACGGAAUACCUGCAGAGGAUUUACGCGAUCAUGAGCGCCAGAAAAACGGCGGUAAAUCCGAUUCAGAAGAUGAUGAGCCGGCAGCCAAGAAAAAAGUUGAAUAUCCUAUGUCUGUGCCGCCGCCUAUGAUGAUGCCAACCAAUAUGAUGCCACCGCAUAUGUUGGGACAGUAUGGUAUGGGUAUGAUGCAGCACAUGCCACCAUUGCCUCCAUAUCCGAUGCCAAUGAUGCCGCACAUGAUGCCACCGCGUCAUAUAUUUCCGGCAGCGAUGGCAACCACUUCAGCGGCAGCUGCCGCAGCAGCCGUGCAUCAACAUCAUCAGCAGCAGCAACACCAUCAACAGCAACAACAGCAGCAGCAACAUGCAGCUGCCAUGGCUCAGCAGAAACCUACGUUUCCAGCUUAUAGCAAUGCCACCAUAAGUGCUCCACCUACUACCAAUAAUGCUGGUUUAGGCGGCGGUGCGGCGUCAAACGCUGCACCUUCUCUUGCACCAGAUGCACAUAAUCAGGGACGACCGCCAAAUGUAGCCAAUGCGGUUGGCGGCGGCAGCCACGUUGUAGCCGCUGUUAGCACAAAGAUAAUGCAUCCGGCGGAGGAUGCAAGUCUGGAGGAGUUACGCGCCCGCCAGUCCAAGUAUCAGGUGCGUGUGGCUGCCGCCUUAGUAGCAGCCGCUGCAGCGCCGAAAAAUCACAGCCCCAGCCUCAAUAAUAACGGUGGCGGUGGCAGCGGAGGUGGAAAUGGAAGCGUUGGCAGCGCUGCCUCAUCAAUGCCUUCAACACCGCCACCGCCCUCACUGUCCGGCAUCUCGCCAACGGGCAGCGCGGCCGCUGCAAACGCAAUUGCUGUGAGCACGGCCAUCUCCAAGGCACAGGAAACCGCUGCGCUGGUGGCCGUGGCGCAGGCACAUGCACAGGCUGUACAGGUGGCACAGGUACAAGCUGCACAUGUGCAGGCCGCGCAGCAGCAUAUGCAAGCACAGGUGCAGGCGGCACAAGUGGCACAUGCUGUUGCCGCGCAACAGCAGCACCAGCAGCAACAACAACAGCAGCAACAGCAGCAGCAGCAGCAGCAGCAACAACAACAGCAACAGCAGCAACAACAGGCACAACAGCAACAUCAGGCCCAGCAGCAGCAACAGCAACAACAACAACAACAGCAACAGCAGCAAGUGAAACAAUUGGAGGAACUAAAUCGUGCUGUGAUGCUGCAACGUCUGCAAGCGGUACGGCAACCGGGCAAUCAUGGCCUGGGCAUGAUGCCCUUGCCUGGCGGCCUGCAGCUGAUGCAGCCCAUGCUGAGACCCGGCACUGUUGCCAUUGGACCCCAUGGCACAUUGAUAGGCGGCAAUAUGUUGCGUCCUGGCCCGAUGCCUGGCAUGCCAGCAGGUCUACUACCCAUGCAGGCAAUUGGUUUGCCUGGCUUGCCCGCAGGUGCCAUGCCGAUGCCGGGCAUGGGCGUUAUGUUGCCUGGCCAUCCGAAUAUGUUGCAGAUGAUGCAGCCACGCUUCAGAUGAUGCCUGCCCGCUGCGCCAGGACUCUUGCAGGCGCCAACACAGACGCAUCCGCACAAUCUGCGAGCGUUUCAGCGAGCAGCUGCAUUGCCAACGCUGCACCCAGCGCAGACGCAGUCAUCACAGUUGGUGGGCUUGCCGUUGCCCUUGCUGUUUCACGAUUAAAUUGAGACGUGGCCAAUCAACGAACUAACAACAGCAGAAACGCUAAAUCCUGCGACAACAACAACAUCAACAACUAGUGCAAAAUGCAAUCACAACAACUGCAAGCAAGUUUUCAUACUCAAGCUACGCAAUUCCACAAAGCUCUUUUUCUUAAAUGUAUAACAGUUUUGAGACACUCGAUACAUACACACAAACAUACACGCGCAUACACAUGUGUCACACAUACACUCACUGGUUGCACACACACUAACAGCAAUAUGCAUAGUUUUAUACCAUCUACACAUAUAUAUCCAGAGUAUUUCCUAGUUAAUGCAUCUAAACUUUGCUUUUCUUUCAAUGACUAAAUUCUUAACUUUUCCACAUUCUGUUCAAUCAACUAAAUUGGUGUGUAUUUGCAUAACAACACUAUUAAAUUUACUAACACUACUCCGUAUGUGUGUUCUAAAUGAAUCGCAACUCGCUUCUCAUCUGGCGCUCUUAAUCUCUCUAUCUCUCUUGUUCUUUGUGCUGGCACGCGGUUCUCUUUGCUGUAUUGUUGCUGUAGCGUCUAGUUUACUCUUUCUCACUCUCUCUAUAUAUAAAUAUAUUUAUAUAUAUGAUAUUACACUCUCCCUAGUUAUAUAAUUGUAACUGUAUUUGUACAAAACGAGCAAAUUUCAUAAUAUUUA